AUGUCAUCGCAAAUAUGUGAUCCUAAAAAUGAGAAAGAACUUAUUUGUUUGCAUAGGAAGUCAAUAGCUUUGAGACAUUCUCAUUAAACUAGUACUAUGCUUUUGAGGGUUCAAAUAAUGCUGAAAAAAUAUCAGAAUAAAAAACAAUAAUAAAGAGAAAUUACCACUCUAAGCAGCAAAAUAGCAUUUCAGACAUUGUAAAUUUGCUACCAGGACAUAAUGGAGAUCAUAUGCAAAUCAAUAGUAGCCGUAGAUUAAGUAUUGUCUCAUAAAUCUCACUCAAAGAAACUUUUUCAAACGAUUCUUCUACCCAGAGAGGUGGUGGAGCGUGGCAAACAAUGA